AUGAACCUCAUCUCGACCACUCGCGCGAUUGGCGAGCACUUUAUCGACGGCAAGAGCAGCUACCUCUGCCGCGCUCGAGGCUCUGGACAAACACCUGCAUAUGCGCUCCAUUUUUCCAGGCAUUCGGCAUGCAAGACUAAGGCUCGUCUGGACGAACAGGACCCCACGAGGAAUGGGCAGCCCAAAUCCUCGCCCCAGCACACACACAUGCAUGCUGAAGACAACGAACGCGUGCCCACUCCCAGCCGUGCGGAGGUGCGCAAACUCCCGCCUAUCCAGCAGCCCUCGCCACUGGGUCCAGAUGUACGCGAGAUGUCCGACUCUCUGCAAGCAGAGCGAAUCGAGGCGUGA